GGAGUAAUAACCUUAUGAUUAUGAUAACUACUAAACACCAAGGUAGAUACAAAGUCACGUGACACUACCUUAUGAAUAAUUUGCAUAUUUCCUACUUAUUCAAUUGUGCAGUGAUGUUCUAUUUUCAUUGUUUAUAAAUGCAAGUAAGUUAUUGAAUUUUAAACUUAAAGACAAACCUACAACAUUCACGUGACUUCCUCGGUUCUAGUACCGAGGUCGAAGGAUAACCGAUUAAUACAUAUGCAGUAUUUAAUACAAGGAUCCUCUUCCAUUUUGAAAUGUUAUGCAUCAGCUUUCUCACGAAACGAUGCUAUUACACCUAUUACGUACUAUAUAAGUUCUAUAUAGGUUGCAAUUCAUCCAUAUUGGGGAAGCGCUUCGCUUGAGACUCGAGAUUUAAUCUAUGAAAUCCAUUUACCCCUUAUUCACGUAGCUACCUACCUACCUAGGCAUGUACCUGUGGAUAUUACGGCACAAAGCAUCAUAGGCUGUUUGGUGCUGGUCAAUGGAAUAUCACGACAAUAGGGCCGAGGCAUUAAUUGCUCUAUUAUGGAUAAUAGUGGACAUUGGACAAUGCUCGGAAGUCUUACCAAAUCGAAGAUCUGACGAUAUCCACUUGAACGCGCCUAUUGCAAUUUCUCGUGUUCGAAGCUCCAUUGACACAACUCCAUUUCUUCUCACGUGCGCAGAUAUCUAUCCUCGACAAUGCCAAUUUUACAUCUCACCAAGGCCUCACGUGUUGGCUCUGUUACUUGGAAGAAUGGCAUUUACUCAUACAUUUCGCGUGAACACGUGCCCCCAUAGGUGAGCAGAGAUUUCGCGGCCAUGGCAAAUUUGGAAGGCCAAAAAA